UAUAACAUUUUUGCUUGGCCGUUGCAGCGAGCAGUCGCCAUUUCCGCCUCUCCCUAUCUCUCUCCUCCCCAAUCAUUGCCGCCGGGCUUCGCUCUCCGGCUCAGGAUUAAGGUGCAUUGACAACCACAAUGUCUGAUCUUAAUUCUCCCCUGCGCCCAAAGAGGAAGAAGAUCUGGGUGGAUUAUUUUGUUCAGUUCCGAUGGAUUAUCGUCAUCUUUGUCGUGCUCCCAAUCUCUUUCACCUUGUAUUUCCUCACAUAUCUCGGGGAUGUCAAAUCAGAGAGGAAGUCAUUCAAGCAGCGUCAGAAGGAACAUGAUGAAAAUGUUCAGAAAGUUGUUAAUUGUCUUAAAGAAAGGGAUCCCAAAACAGGUGGUCUGGUUUGCACCGCUCGUAAACCUUGGAUUGCUGUUGGAAUGCGAAAUGUGGACUACAAGCGGGCCCGGCAUUUUGAGGUUGAUUUAUCGGCUUUCCGGAAUAUACUUGAAAUUGACAAAGAGCGGAUGGUUGCCAGAGUUGAGCCGCUAGUCAAUAUGGGGCAGAUCAGUAGGGUUACGGUGCCUAUGAAUCUCUCCCUAGCAGUUGUUGCUGAGCUUGAUGAUCUUACUGUUGGUGGCCUCAUCAAUGGCUAUGGAAUCGAGGGAAGCUCCCACAUAUAUGGUCUAUUUUCUGAUACUGUUGUAGCAUAUGAGAUAGUUCUAGCAGAUGGACGAGUGGUUAGAGCAACCAAGGAUAAUGAGUUCUCUGACCUUUUCUAUACCAUCCCCUGGUCUCAAGGCACCCUGGGUCUUCUUGUCUCCGCGGAGAUCAAGCUCAUACCCGUCAAGGAAUAUAUGAAGCUGACAUACAAGCCUGUCGUGGGUAAUCUAAAAGACAUUGCACAAGGAUACAUGGAUUCCUUCGCACCACGAGAUGGAGAUCAGGACAAUCCCGAAAAGGUUCCUGACUUUGUAGAGACAAUGAUAUAUUCGCCAACAGAAGCUGUAUGUAUGACUGGGAAAUAUGCUUCUAAAGAAGAGGCCAAGAAGAAGGGGAAUGUGAUUAACAGUGUAGGAUGGUGGUUUAAACCCUGGUUUUAUCAGUAUGCACAGACGGCAUUAAAGAAAGGGGAGUUUGUAGAGUACAUCCCUACCAGAGAAUAUUACCAUAGGCACACCAGGUGCUUAUACUGGGAGGGGAAGUUGAUCCUUCCAUUUGCAGAUCAGUGGUGGUUUAGGUUCCUCCUUGGUUGGAUAAUGCCUCCAAAAGUUUCUCUGCUCAAGGCUACCCAAGGUGAAGCUAUUCGAAACUAUUAUCACGAGAUGCACGUUAUUCAGGACAUGCUGGUUCCACUGUACAAGGUCGGUGAUGCUCUUGAAUGGGUACACAAGGAGAUGGAGGUAUACCCCCUUUGGCUUUGCCCACACAGGCUCUAUAAGCUUCCCAUGAAGACCAUGGUCUACCCUGAACCUGGAUUCGAUCUACAUCGCAGACAGGGAGACACACAAUAUGCCCAAAUGUACACAGAUGUCGGGGUCUAUUAUUCACCUGGGCCCGUCUUAAGAGGCGAGGUAUUUGACGGCGCUGAAGCUGUUCGCAAGAUGGAGAACUGGUUGAUCGAUAACCAUGGCUUCCAGCCCCAGUAUGCAGUCUCUGAGCUGAAUGAAAAGAACUUCUGGAAGAUGUUUGAUGCUGGCCUCUACGAGCACUGUAGGAAGAAGUACAAAGCCGUGGGGACCUUCAUGAGUGUGUACUACAAGUCCAAGAAGGGAAGGAAGACUGAGAAGGAGGUGCAGGAAGCAGAGCAAGCGCACCUCGAGACCGCUUAUGCUGAGGCCGAUCAGCCAGCAGAUUAACAAGGAUGGAGUGUUUUUUUAUUGGCAGGGAUAUCUUACUUCUGUGUCGGUCAUCUUAGGAUUUCCUUCCACCUUUGUUCGCGACAGUGGAUUGGUGUUUCUUCUUUUGUGACUUUAUUUGCUGAAGGAUUGUUUAGGUUGAACUCUCUUUUGGAUGAUCUAACGAGUCGACCUUUGCUGGA